UCCAACAUGGAUUUGCCUUCUCAUUUCCUAGCAAUUGCAGGGCUUAUUCUGGGGUUGGUGUUAUGGUAUAAUCACUGGAGAGGUAAGACUCUUACUCACAAGAGUAAGGGCAUGUCCCCCCCGGAGCCCUCCGGUGCCUGGCCAUUUGUAGGUCACCUGCACCUACUACAAGGCAAAGUCCCAGUUUUCCGAACCCUUGGAGCCAUGGCUGACAAGGUUGGUCCUGUGUUUGUGAUCCGGCUUGGAAUGUACCGAACACUUGUGGUGAGUAAUCAUGAGGCUGCUAAAGAAUGCUUCACUACCAAUGACAAGAUUUUUGCCUCACGCCCAAAUUCUAGUGCAUCUAAGAUCCUAGGCUACAACUAUGCUGCAUUUGCCUUAGCUCCUCAUGGACCUUAUUGGCGUGAGAUGCGGAAGCUAUCCAUGCUAGAAAUUCUCUCCACCCGUCGCCUCAGUGAAUUGAUGCAUGUGCAGGUUUCGGAAUUGCAUGCUGGCAUUAAAGAUUUGUACAUACUUGGCAAAGAUGAUAACUGGGUGAGUCCAAAAAAGGUGGUGAUGAGUGAGUGGUUUGAACACCUGACCUUUAAUGUUAUCCUGAGGAUGGUUGCGGGGAAGAGAUAUUUUAACAAUGUCGUCCAUGGGGGCGAGGAAGCAAGGUCUGCUAUAGCAACAAUUAAGAAAGUCCUGCUUCUAGUUGGGGCCUUUGUGGCAUCAGAUGUGAUCCCAUUUCUUGAGUGGGUGGAUUUACAAGGCCAUUUGUCCUCUAUGAAACUUGUUGCAAAGGAAAUGGACUCACUUAUUGAAAGCUGGGUAAAAGAACAUACAGGGAGGCUCAACAGUGAGGCCAGCAGUAGUCAGGACUUCAUAGACAUCAUGCUAACCAAGCUCAAAGAUGCUUCCCUGUUUGGCUACUCGCGCGAGACUAUUAUCAAGGCAACAGUACUGACCAUGAUCGUGGCGGGCUCUGACACCACUUCUCUUACCUCUACAUGGCUCCUGUCCGCAUUGUUGAACAAUAAACAUGUUAUGAAGCAUGCUCAGGAAGAGCUAGACUUAAAAGUUGGUAGAGACAGAUGGGUGGAACAAUCAGAUAUCCAGAACCUAGUUUACAUUAAGGCUAUUGUUAAGGAAACCCUAAGGCUAUACACAACAUUUCCCCUAUUAGUACCACACGAGGCAAUGGAAGACUGUCAUGUUGGUGGGUAUCACAUUUCCAAAGGCACCCGCUUGCUAGUCAAUGCAUGGAAGUUGCACCGAGAUCCUGCUGUUUGGUCUAACCCUGAAGAGUUUCAGCCAGAGAGGUUUUUGACAAGCCAUGCAAAUGUAGAUGUGUUUGGCCAGCAUUUUGAGUUAAUCCCAUUUGGUUCUGGUAGAAGAUCUUGCCCAGGACUCAAUAUGGGCUUACAAAUGUUACACUUGACAAUUGCUCGGUUGCUUCAAGGAUUUGACAUGGCUAAACCAUCAAAUUCUCCUGUGGACAUGACAGAAGGGAUAAGUGUCGCCUUGUCUAAGCUCACUCCAUUGGAAGUUAUGCUCACUCCCCGCCUUCCUGCAGAACUUUACUAGUGCUACAUAAGCUAAUACCAAAAAAAUAAAAAGACGAGCACACAUAGCAUUGUGUAGAUCUCAUGAUUCCAACAUGGUAGGGCAUUGGCUCGAUUCUUAGUUGAUUCAUCAGAUUGUCUAUUAUGGGUAUAAGUCAUUGUAAUGAAUAAAUGUAAGGGCAUGGAGGAUGAGGUUGAAGCCCAUUUGUUUUUCAUGUAAGUUUUGGC